AUGUUCUGCGACAAUCAACCUUGUCCGGAGCUCUUCGGAGAGAUGGAGAUGGUGAAGUCACAGAGCGCAUGUACAAGGAGGUAUCUCUCUUCUUCCGAGCUCGACGGGCUGCCGGAAGGGGAGAGCUUCUGGAUCAGAGCGAGAGUCCAACAAUCGCGAGUGAAGGGAAACACAGUCUUCCUGGUGCUGCGGCUGCAGGGCGUCACGGUGCAAGCGGCUCUGUUCAAGAGCGACAGCGUGACCAAGGACAUGAUCCGCUUCUGUGGCUCCAUCCCUCGAGAGUCGGUCGUAGACGUCCAGGGAGGGAAAGUGGCGGCGACUGUCACUUCGUGCAAGGUCACCACGUACGAGGUUCACGUUCAACGGAUCUACUGCGUGAGUCGAGCGGCUCCUGCUCUUCCUCUCCUCCUCGAGGAUGCUGCACGACCGUCAGAGGCGAGGGACAACGUGAGCGUCGAGCAGCGGGCAGACGCUGACUCAGAGCAGCGGGAGGUGGUUGUGAACCUGGAGACUCGGCUGAACGAGCGGGUGCUGGACUUGAGAAGCCCUUCACACAACAGUAUCAUGAGGAUUCAGUCGCACGUGGGUCAGGCCUUCAGGAACUUCUUGGCCGCAAGAGGCUUCGUCGAGAUCCACACGCCGAAGCUGCAAGGAGGAAGCAGCUGCGAGGGAGGGGCCGCAGUGUUCCCGCUGGACUACUUUGGCAGCAAGGCCUGGCUCGCGCAGUCGCCGCAGCUCCACAAGCAGAUGGCUGUCAUGAGCGGCUUCGAGAGGGUGAUGGAGGUUGGGCCCGUCUUCCGCGCCGAGUCCUCGCACACCUCAAGGCACCUGUGCGAGUUUGUCGGCCUUGACUUUGAGAUGGAAAUCUCCGAGAGCUAUGCUGAGGCGAUGGACAUCGUUGAAGGUUUUGUGGUGACAUUGCUGGAGGAGCUCUACCAUUCGCAGCCUCUCAGCUCCCACGUCGAUGAGGUCGCGAAGCAGUAUCCCUGCAAGAGGCUUCGCUGCAGGCACGAGGCCGUGGACUUGCUCAACGAUCGAGGGUGCACUAACGAGGAUGGAUCCAAGGACCUGAGCACUCAGCUGGAGCGCCUGCUGGGGGAGAUCGUCGCGGAGAAGCAUGAGACGGACUUCUUCUUCAUCACUGACUUCCCUUCCGGCGUAAGGCCCUUCUACUCGAUGCCCUCCUCCUCCGACCCCUCCUCCUCCAACUCCUUCGACGCUUAUCUCCGAGGACAAGAAAUCUGCAGCGGAGCGCAAAGAAUCCAUGACAGCUCCCUCCUUGUCGAGUCGCUCAAAUCCCGGGGGAUCGACCCAUCGAGCAUGCAGCCCUACAUCAAUUCCUUCAAGUACGGCGGCUCCCCGCAUGCUGGCGCCGGGCUCGGGUUGGAGCGACUGACCAUGACGAUCCUGGGGCUCGACAACAUCCGACUUGCGUCCAUGUUUCCCCGCGACCCCAAGCGACUUUCUCCCUGA